AUGAUUAAGUACUUGCUUUUAGUAUGUUUGAUCACAGCACCUUUUGCCUAAACCCCUGAGGCUGUAGUAACUCAUUAUGAUUUGGAAGGAAAUUUAAUUUAGGAGGAGAGUUCAUUGCAAGGAUCUGAGGACAUUGAUAGUAUAAACUCAAUGAACAUGAAUCAAUAAGAAUUAGAUUCAAGCAGCAUGGAUUCUAUGGUAACCGAUAGCAUGGAUUAUUCUACUCCAUAAGCUGAAUCUAUUGAAAGUAUCAAUAUUGAAUCAUCCAUGACUUAAGAAUCAACUGUUAGUAAUAUGAAUGUUGACUCUAAUUCAAUGAAUGUGGAGGAUUCUAUGGCUAUGAAUGCCAAUAUCGAGAACUCUAUGCCAGAAUAAGAUUCUAUGUAUAGCACUGUUGAUCCCAAUGAUAUUAGUGCCAUAGAGCCAGUUUAAUAAAAUGUGGAAGAUACAUAAGUUAUCGAAAACACAGAGGUGUCUAGUAUAGCAGAAGUAAACUCUGAAGUUGUAAGUGAAAUAGAUAACAAUAAUAUGAUCGCAGAAUCCAAUGAAAUUAGCAAUAUCGAUCCAAACAACACUGAAAUACCAUAAGAUAAUCAAAUUGAUGUUUCUAAUAUUUUGGAAUCCAAUGUUAACUUGCCUAAUGAAAGCAUUGUAUCCAAUUAAAAUGAAGUAGAUCCAAAUAUGGCAUUUGAUGUUCUUCAAAACACAGAAUCUCUACAAUCAUCCCCAGAAAUGGACAAUGGAUUUGUUUAAAGUGAAGUCAAUGCCGAUAAAACUUAGGCUAAAAAGACACCAGAUACAGAAAAUAAUUAAGUGGUUUAAAAAGAAGAGAAAGUUGAAUAAUAAGUUGAAUAAUAAGUUGAGUAAUAAGUUGAAUAAAAAGUUGAAUAGCAAGUUGAAUAACAAGUUGAAGAAAAUUAAACUGCAGUAACAGAUAACAAGAACAUCGAAUAAUAAACUGAACAACCCCAAGCUACAAUCUAAGAGAAUACAGAAGCUGCAAGUCAUGAAAAUGUUGAUUCUGUAUAAUAAACUGAUACUAAUGUUGUAGUACAAGAAGAAGAUGCAAAGUCAGAAAAUAAAGUUGAAGAUUAAAAGCUCUAAGCCUCAGAGUCUCAAACUAAUUAAUAAUUAGUCUAAGGAAACUGUAUUAUUAUUUAUUCAUAAUGCAAUUUUAAGGGAGAAGCUUUAGAAGCUUGCAAUAGUUUAAGCGAAAUUGAGGAAUUCAAGGCUUAAAUUAGAUCUAUUUACAUUCCAGAAGGAUUGGGAUUGACAGUCUAUGAUGGUGAGAACUUCACUGGUAAUAUGCACAAAUUCAAAACUUCAUAAGAAUGUUUGACAACUCCAUUAUCAUUUGCAUAAUUAAAUAAUUCAGGAAAUUAAUUGAAAGGACAUAAUUUGAGAACUAGAUAGUGAUAUCAUUAUAAUAAUCAUAUAAAUAUCAUCAGUAUAAUUCUUCUAUA